AUGUUCCAGACGAAGGCUAUCACUAAGCUCGCUGCGCCUAUUGCCAGCCGCACCUACGCGUCGGUUGCCAGUGCCUCCAACGGCAUCAAGGUUGCCUCGGUCGCCGAUGCCUCCGAGUCGCCUAUGGCUUCCAUCUCUCUUGUUAUUAACGCUGGAUCUCGCUUCGAGACUGCCGAGAACUCUGGCGUCGCCCACUACCUCAAGGCGUUCGGUUUCCGGAACACCCAGAGCCGCACUUCGUUCCGCACUGUCCGCGAGGCCGAGCUCAACGGCGCCUCGCUGACCGCCGAGGCCACCCGCGAGAACAUUAUCUACACCGUCGAGUGCUUCAAGGAUGCCAUCCCCUACUUUGCUGAUGUCCUUGGUGACAUUGCCACUGCCACAAAGUACACCGAGCACGAGUUCAGGGACAUCGCCAAGCUGGUCGCCUUCGAGUCGCUCAGCGCCCGCAGCUCGCCUGCCACCCGCCUCGUUGAGGGCUAUGCCGAGGCUGCCCUGACUGCUGGCCGUGUCGCCAUUGUUGGCACCGGCAUCGACUCGGCUGCCCUGGCCGCGAUCGUGUCCGAGUCCAAGCUCGCUGCGAUCCCCGCCUCGUCGGCAUCGACGCUCUCGACCCCUGCCUCCAAGUUCAACGGCGGUGUCCAGCAGAUCUACGACUCGGCCUCCCCCGUCUCGCACUACGCCCUUGCCUUCGAGGGUGCCUCGGACGCCGCGACCACCCGUGUUCUCGCCAACCUGCUUUCUGGCGAGCGCCGCCUGAAGUGGAACACUGGUGUUUCCCCUCUGGCCAAGCUGGCUGCCGAGGAGGGCUUCGGCCUGCAGUCGUUCCAGAGCUCGUACUCUGAUGCCUCGCUUGUGGGUGUCGUCGUCUCUGCUCCCAACGCCAAGAUCCAGGAGGCCGUCGAGAAGAGCCAGAUUGCUUCGCCCAGCGCCGAGACCGUCCAGCGUGCCGUCGCUGCCGCUAAGGUUGAUGUCAGCGAGGCACUUGCCACCCGCGCCGGCAAGCGCGAUGCCCUGGCUCAGGCUGCCUUUGGCCGCACUGCCGUGGCCGUCGAGAGCGCCGCUUCGGCUGCUGCCAAGACCUUCAAGAGCAAGCCUGUCGGUGCUGCUGUCGGUCUGUCGCAGGCCACGCCGUAUGUCGAUACCCUUGGCUUCUAG